AAACCAUGUAUUAAAAGCGUAUCCUACCCUAGACAGUUAAAAGGAAGUAUACGUACGUGCAAUGUUUUUUUCCUGAGCUGGAACUGUGAAACCGGAAUAGUAACGCGUGGACGCUUUCUAUACUGUGAUUUUUCGUCCAAUUUAAAAAGUUCAUCAUUCGAAGGAUACAUGCAACUAUGUAUAUAAACUGAAUUUUUGAAGGUUAUUUUAAUCUGACUCGGGAUUUAAGUGUCAGGAAGACCGAUACGUACGUUCAGUCAAUCCGGAUGAAGUAUUUACUGAAGUUUAAUGGAAUUGUAUUAGAACCAAUACAACAUACUGAGUUGGUUCAUGAGAGGCAAUCAUUUCGACCAGGUGUUUGGACAGUUUGUUAGUAUAUCCAUUACGAAGGCAGUUAGACUGACAGCGGGAGGAGGUUCAUCAGGAACAGCACUCAAUCACGGAAUAGUUGCGCAGCUGGAGAAUCUAGGAGGCCUAUUGCUCAUACUUGUGGUAAUGGCCUAUGAGACAAAACCACACGGUGCAGAACAUUUGUGAUUCUGACGCCUCCGUGAUGGGUAUAAAUUGAUGUUCGAGUAAAGGGAGGGGCUGCCAAUAUAUUUUAUUAUAUUGUAUGUACUUGGAUUUGAACUCGAACGGCAUAUGAACGCUGCAAUUAAAGAUCCACUCAAGAUUACCUUAAAGUAAAAAGGAAACCUAUUUACUGACACUGCCAGAAGCACGGGCUGGUAACCGAUCCGCUCCGAAGUUUUGCUGCAUUUUGUUUACUUUGUCAUCCAUUCGCCAACGAACGGAGAAUAGGACUGAAAUCUUCUCGACUUUUGCUGGGAAUGGUAUCAUUUUAGCAAAGAACAAGCUCCUGAAAGUGAUCGCGAGACUCAUCGUCGAUAAGCUAGCGCGUUGCAUCGCCGACGCGUUGAACGUCACCGCUUCGUCGAGAGGCAGACGGCCUACGCAAGGUGUUGCUGAGCAGUUACAAUGCGAGACCAGUGUUGGAUAUAACGUGAAUAACUUUAUCGGGAUUUAUCAUGGAUUUUAUUACGAGUUUGAUUACGGAUUGCCGUGAGAUAUCCUAAUUGGAACGUCAUAAAAGAUACUCAAAAGAAGAAGAACGAACACUGGAAGUAGAAUAAAAUUGUUUAGGUCUCGCAUAGUAACGCUGUCGGAUUCUUUGCACGAGAUUUCAAUUCUUUUUCUUGCAAAAAGAAAAUGUGGGAACGAUUUUCUGUGAUACGGAUCGCGGAUUUACGAAAAUUUACGAAAGGUAUGUCAGCGGUAAAAGUGAGGUCUAGUCAGGAGUAAAUUAAUACAUAUAUUUGGAUCUCCUGUCGUCAUAGUAAAUAGUUACAGCUGCUACCUGCAAUUUAGUAUCGAUAGGUGGCGCUGUGCGAAGGAAUAAAAAAUGGCGAAUUUGACGUUUGAGCCGUCCUCGAUGACGUAUGAUCCGAUGCAGAUGUGGCCGAAUGCAACAGAUCAGCCGCUGUUGAGCAUCGAUACCAAGACACAACAGCCGACGGAGAAACCUGGCCCUUACUACUGGGCCGCAGCAGACUUGGAGAGAUUCCAGCAGUGGUAUGAGCACGGACAUGGCUACUGUGCGUCCAUUAUAUGUGUCCUAGGCAUAAUAGCAAAUGGCUUAAAUAUCAUCGUUCUGACGAGGAAAAAUAUGAUAUCUGCUACGAACACAAUCCUGAGCGCCCUAGCCGUUGCGGACGGUUUGACAAUGUUGGCGUAUUUUCCCUUCGCCAUUCUUUACUAUUGCUUGAACGAUAGAAAUAGCUGGGGCGUAAACCAGUUUCUAUUAUUCUACGUCUGUUUCAGUGUCCUAGCGCAUAGCAUUUCAAUAUGGCUGACUGUCACGCUGGCUAUUUUUAGAUACCUGUUCAUCCGCUACCCGCGCCAUGGCCAAACAUUGUGCAGUAUUGAACGUGCGAAGCUGUCCAUCAUUUUAGUGUUUUUCGCAACACUUCUUGUUUGCAUACCCAAUUUUAUGGGACAUAAUGUGAAGACAAUGCGAGACGAAAAUAACGAAACAAUGUACAUCAUGUCCGGUAGACAAGAUUCUUAUUUCUACGAAAUAAUCGGCCGUGUCAAUUUUUGGAUGAUAUCGGUGCUAGUGAAAUUGUUUCCCUGUUUUUUAUUAAUUGUUCUCAGUAUCUUGUUAAUACGAUGUAUGCAGGAGGCCGAGCUGCGACGAAAGAAUCUCCGGAAACAAGCCAGACCUAACUCCAAAGACGGUGACACAUCACGUGACCGGAAGACGAAUCGGACAACGCGCAUGCUCCUUACUGUUGUUAUCCUUUUUGUUAUCUGUGAACUUCCGCAAGGCAUUGUUGGCCUGCUGGUCGGGAUUUUAGGCAACCAGUUUAACAUAGAAAUUUAUUAUCCUUUGGGUGAAGUGUUCGAUAUCAUAGCAUUACUGAACAAUGGCAUCAACUUUAUACUCUACUGCACAAUGAGUAAACAGUUCCGCGAUACGUUCGUGAUAUUAUUUUUCAAGCCGCUGCGGUUAGGUGGCAGCACCAGAGGCAGAUUUUCCCUAGUCCCGAAUCACUCAUCCUCAAUCACGAAGACGACCGAUUUAUAACGACGUCCAAUCCAUGUAGGGACGCAAGAGGAUAACAUGCUACUUUCGUUGCGUACAGAAUUAAAUGAUACUAGACAAUGUACAAGAAAAUUCGGAUCUGCGGAUACAUAUUCAAUGCCUAAAUUCGCCUAUUGGAAUACACGUCAUAUUGCUUGCAUCGUUUCUACGCAACGCAUUUAA